AUUAUUUAUCUUCAAAACUUUUCCACAUUAUUUUAAUCAUAAGAUAGAGAAAGAUAUGAAACCCACAAACAAUUAUUUUAAAGAGGCUCUAUAGAUGUCCAUAAAUUGAGAGGUUAUAUAAAUGUCGUAAGUACAUACCCAAAGUGCUCCAUACAAAAAACAAAAAAGAAGAAGAAUCAUCAACAAGAAUAGAGAUCGGAAGAAAGAAAAAGAAAGAUGGUAGUACAAGAAGAAAGUAUCAGAAAAGGGCCAUGGACAGAACAAGAAGAUUUUCAACUUGUGUGCUUUGUAGGCUUAUUUGGUGAUCGGCGAUGGGAUUUCAUCGCCAAAGUAUCAGGUUUGAAGGUGGCGGGAGAGUACAAGUACUGCUAGUCCUACCCUAGCUAGGUUUGAAAAGAACCGGGAAAAGUUGUCGCCUCCGUUGGGUUAAUUAUCUCCACCCUGGUCUUAAGCGCGGUAAAAUGACUCCACACGAGGAGCGUUUAGUUCUCGAACUCCACUCCAAAUGGGGAAAUAGAUGGUCGAGAAUUGCCAGGAAGCUUCCUGGACGAACGGAUAACGAAAUAAAGAAUUUUUGGCGAACCCACAUGAGAAAAGUAGCACAAGAGAAAAAGAAGAAGAAAGACAUAGUUGUCGUGUCGCCAUCGACUUCAUCAACUAUCGACUCGGCCCCAACGACGAUUGAGAUUGGAGAAGAAAGCUUCUACGACACUGGGGCAAAUCCAUCGGAAGAACAAAAGGGUUAUUGUUAUACCAUGGAUGAUAUUUGGAGAGACAUUGAAGAUCAAAGUACUAAUGUUGUGAAGCCACUCUGUGAUGAUCAAUUCCAUGGCAACUUCGUCAGCUGCGGUCCGGUGGUAUCACCACUGUGGGAGUAUGGUCAAUACUCUCCAUGGAAGACAAUUGAGGAAGACAACAAGAUAUAUGCAGCAGGGAUGAAUAGUAGUAUUUAUGAGCAUGGAGAGGGUGUUGUUUUAAUAACUCAAAACUAAAGGAUUUGAUUCAUUUAAAUUUGUUAAUAGAGAGAGAGAGAAAGAGAGAGAGAGAGAAAAGGGCUAUAAAACAUUAUGGUAUGUUUUUGUAUUGGAGGAUAAGGGAAAGCUCUGACCUGUAUAGCAUUGGAGUUUCCUUUAGACUUUAGUUGUUGCAUCUCAUGCAUCUCUUUUACAAUAUCCCCACUUUUAAGUUUCUGUGUGCUAUCUUUCCAAUUUUUAGAUGAAACAAAGAAAAAUUCUCUCUC